AAUAUCCAACUCUGCACUAACAUUAUCUACACAUGUUUGCUAACCAAUUGGAAAGAAAAAGAAAGAGAGAGCAGAGCAUUGCAUUCUCAACUUCACUGAAACCUGAAGUACAAAUUUUCACCAUGAAGUGCAUCGUCCAUUUUCAGUCUUUAUUUCCUUCCCUGCAUUCACACCCCAAACAGAAGCUGAUGAAAAAACACAAGUGGCUCAACCCUUGUAGCCUGGUUAAACUUGACCAAAGAGUACUAUCAGUAAGGACGAAUGCAGUCCCUAAUCCUCUGAUUCUUGCUGAAAGUACUUCUCCGGCUCAAGGUGGUGACAUAUCCGUGCUCCUUCCAACUGGUGGGUUGCUUCUGUUUGUAUAUGGGAUAGCCAACUUCGUCGUGCCGUUCUUCAUCUCCAAAUCCUUCGAGUCUGAUAAGGAAACUGAAGAUUCAGGGCCUGAAUAUGAGGGUUCGUUUAAUGAUGAGGCGAGUAAAGCCAAAUUACGGACCAAAAAACCUUAAACAUAUGAUUACAUAAUUAAUUACAUGUAAUGGGUGUCUGUCUGAUUUGUAUUUCUAAGUCACAUGUUCUUCCUUUUUGGAGGAUAUUACUGGAAAGUAAUUUGUCUUCGUUGUA